CCCUCACAUGAUGGGAGUGUGACUGGGGUCUGGGCACGAGGUGAUGGCGCUGAGCAGAGCUCGACCGUCCCAGCCCCACGGGGAGAGCACCCGGCUGCUGCCCCAGGUGUCCAGGCUGGUGGAGCUGCCCUACUCCUCCUGCUCCGAUGACGAUGCUGACGGUGUCUCACUGCCUGGGGACAUGGCCGAGCAGGACCCCGGGUUAUGGUGCCCUGUGCCCCCCAAACCCAGCACCUUCAGCCGCUGUGUGCGCUACCUGGCCUUCCUCUGGAACCUCCUCUUCCUCCUGCUGGGGCUGCUGCUCCUGGCCGUGGGGGUCUGGGGGCUGCUGGCCAAGGCUGCCCUGCCCGGGGGGGAGCAUGGGGCACCCCUAGGCUCGGACCCCAUGCUGCUCUUCGUGCUGGGGGGGCUGGGGGCCAGCGCCGUGUCCCUGGCCGGCUGCCUGGGCGCCCUCCGUGCCAGCCCCUGCCUGCUCCGCUUCUUCCUGGGGGCCCUGCUGGCUUUUGCGGGGCUGGAGGUGCUGGGGGGGCUCCUGGUGCUGCUGGCGCAGCGGCGGCUGCGGGAUGGGCUGCGGGACCUGCUGCUGCUCUGCCUCCUGCGCUACCAGGAGGACCCCGACCUGCAGUUCCUGGUGGACGAGGUGCAGAGGAGCCUCCAGUGCUGCGGCCUCAGGUCCUACCACGACUGGGAGAGCAACCCGUACUUCAACUGCAGCGCCCCGGGGGUGCAGGCGUGCGGCGUGCCGGCCUCGUGCUGCCAGGACCCUCUGGAGAGCGGCUCCGUGCCCAAUGCCCAGUGUGGUUUCGGGGUGCUGGCGUUGGGGGCGGCGGCGGCGGGCGCCGCGGUGCAUGUGGGGGGCUGCGGGGCCGCGCUGGGCGCGUGGCUGAGGGGCCAGGCCGGGGCCAUCGCUGCCGGCGCCGCCGCCCUGGUGCUGGUGGAGGCCGUGGGUGCCCUCAUGGCACUGAGGGUGCUCGGGGAUGUGGCGGCUUUCCGGGCGUGGGGGUGACGGGUGGGGGAUGCUGGGGGUUUGGGGAUGUGU